AUGGCCAGAGACACGACGCCCCUCCUCGCCGGCCACAUUGGCCAUCUCCCCGGACCCAAUAUUGUCCACGAUCAUCCUCCGCAUCUUCGAGCCAGCCAUUCGCCAUGGGAGUUUCGAGAUCAUCCAAUCUGGUUUCUGCUCUUCCACUUUGGAACGUUGAGUUUUAUUCUCACCCAUUUGUGGACCGUCAUUACACUUGCCUGGACGUUUACCCAUCUCUACUAUCCCGAAAUCAAGAGAGGUAUUCGCGAUGUCAGAGAUGUAGAGCGCGACGUUGGCAAUAUCGAGCACUGGAUCGUCCAAAAACUGUCUCUGCCUUCGAACCUGGGCAGUCCCCGGAAGCAAUUCGCGUUUCACAUGUUUUACUCGACGACGACGGUGUUUGCCUUUAUGAAUCUUGUUACGUGGAUUAUCACACGCCAGCACAAUCCCCAUGCAACAAGUGCUGAAGGGCCCUUCACGCAUUUGUUCGGAGUCGGCUGGUUCAAGAGUUUUGCUCUAUUCAAUCUCUACUUCACGCCCGCCAUUGUCAUGAUUAUCGAGACACUGUUCCUCAACAGCAUAAAACGACCCCAGUCCAUGGGCUCGCAUCUCCUCGGACUGUCGUCUCUGUCGGGUUUGUACCUUGGUUGGGCUGCUCUUGGUGGCUACCUGACGGGCUGCUACCCAUUCUACUGGCUCAACCCCGACUUUGUCGGAUCCAAGGAGGCUGUCGCUGCCAACUGCAUGGGAUUUGUUGCACUGGCUCCUCUGAUGUUUGUCUUGAAACAAGGCUUUAUCGGUCUGCGUGAGGGCUUGACCAACGCCCCGGCAAGAAUGAGAGAGGUGGCAAGUGGCUAG